CACACACACACACUAACCCCCUGUGAUGCCAACCCCUCCAUUGCUGCACGGCGGCAUGUCUGUGUCGAUUUAAUCCAAAACCUUAGAUGCAGAUGAGAAGGCGCAUGAAAAAGUCGGCCUCCGCGGAUGGAGUAUGAAGUAUGCGCGACGAUAAACGCGCAGAGAGAAAUCUGAGUCAACAUAAUCCAUCUGGACACCGGGAGGGAAGAUGAGGACCGUGAUGGCUUCUAUGAAAACAACAUUAUUCCUAUUUCUGCUCUGGGGGCUCCAGUGCGCUGUGUGUCGUGAAGUAUAUCUCCCUCCUGGGACCCUCUACCGUGUUGCAGGGUUCCCCCUCUCCCUGCCCUGUGCCGUAUCAGGAUACGAAGGCUCACGCACGCAGGACUUUGAGUGGUUCCUGAUCAGGGAUGAUGCUGGUGGGAGGCAGAUGGGAGUGGUCUCCACCAGGGACAAGGGCUUCCCUUACGCGCCUUUCCAGGCCCGGGUGAAGAAUGGGGAGGUGAGGGUGGAGAGGGACUCGGGGGACAAAGUCCGACUAGUGAUCCAGAGACUCCGGGCUGAUGACCAGGGGAAGUAUGAAUGCUACACACCCAGCACCGACAUCAAAUACCAGGGGAACUACAGCGCCACAGUGCCUGUCAAAGUGAUCCCUGACACACUCCAGAUCAGUUUUUCACGCUCGCUCACCGGCCAGCCGGUGCCAGAGGGGGCCGAAUUAAUGCUGAUGUGCUCAGCGGGCAUCCAAUCGGAGCAGCUCACCCAUAUGUCCAUCACGUUUGGGAAGCGCAGCGCUGGUGAGGUUUUGGGGAGCGGAGCCGGAGGGGAGGUCAGCACCGUUAGAGAGAUUAUCUCCGUUGACAAGCUGCUGGGGGUCGUCCCCGGACAUUUGUACAAGAAGAGGUACGACGACGGAGACAUCACGCUGGAGAAGAGGAACGGGGAGGCCGGGCUGGACGUGUACGUGAUGAAGAUGAGAGGCGUGCAGCCACAAGACACCGGCACAUAUUUCUGUGAGGCCUCCCAGUGGAUUCGGGACCCAAAUCGAUCCUGGCAGAAGAUAGCACAAAGGACGCUGGAUAUUGGCAACUUGACCGUCCAGCAACUAGCGGAGUCACUGAGCAUAACGUCCUCGCCCAAGGGGGAGGUGACCCUGCAGGUCGGUUCACCUCUCAUCCUGACCUGUGAGGUGUUGGGGCUGCCGUCUGAAGUGAACUCGGGCCUGCUGGUUCAGUGGAUGAAGAGGGGAUCAGUAAACAGCGACUUCGCUGGGAGCGGGGGAGUCGAGGUGGAGGUGGCCCGGUUGAGCCCAGACGGCGUUGUGAGCUGGGGGGACGACCUCAGCCGAGCCAGCGGGGGCUCUAUGGAGAAAGUGGCGGAGGGGAGGUUCUCUCUGAAGCUGUUCUCAGCCCAGCCCUUAGACUCCGGGGUGUAUCGCUGUGUGGUGAGUGUGUACGCUGGAAGGGGAAACCCUGGCGUGUCUACUCCUGCAACACUCACCCAGAGGUCUGAGGGAGUCACCGUCAACCUCAAGAGCAAAGAUGUGCUCGUUGCAGCUGUGGCUCAGCUCCCUCGAGGCCCCCUUUUAAAAAGAGGCAGCACCAUCACCCUGAUCUGCAACGCCACCGUGACGACCACAGGCCCCGCCCAGGCACAGGUACAGUGGCUGCGGUGGCCAAUCCCUCAACGAGUUUUCAAGAAGGUACAGAGCCCGGCGUCAGGUGUUACUGUGCCGGACCCCACUGUGGAGAAAGAACCCAAACUGAUAGCUGCCCUCAUGUACGACGGCGUUGCAAAGAUCUACACCAACGGUAGCGAUAUUAGCGUCGACCGCCUGUCGGCUGGCAGCUACAGACUGAGGGUCCACGCAGCGACGAUAGAGGAUCAGGGCAUGUAUGCGUGUCACGCCCAGGCGUGGGGUCAGGACCCGCAUGGAGGCUGGUACAACACGGGGGCCAAAGCCGAGUCAAAUGCAUUGACGGUUUACCUGUUCUCCAGAGCUGCGGACCUCCUCCUCAUCCCUUUGGUUGUCGGAGUCUCCUCUGCCUUGUUUGUGGGCAUCGUCAUCAUCGCUACGGUAACCUGCUGCUUCAUGAAGCGACUAGCGAGGCAGCGUGCUCAAAAAUAGAUUGUCCGCAGUCUCCGCCAGUCUGAAAUCUGAAUGUUCGCUAAAAGGGCACAGAAGAGGUGAUGCACAGAUCAUAAUGGAUGAAGACAAAAAUGAAGUGUAAAACGACUCACCCCGUUUGAUGUUUUUUUUUGUGUUUUGACCAACCUGUUUAAUAAUCAAUGCCAAAAGAUUCUGUUUUUUUAUUCUCUUGUAUUUUUAUAUCCAAACCUUGGAGCAUAUUUUAGUGAUUGCUGCAUCUCACACCAGUAGGCGUAUAAUUUAGAUUUUUGAAGCCACCAUCCAAUGGUAGAAAUACUUUUUUAUGUUAGCUUAACCCACCUUUUUUUGAUGAUUCCUUUGUUCAAGCUUAACAUUGUUUCUAAUGGAAAAGGGUAAAAAAAGAAAUCAAGAUUCGCAAGACUUUUGUGACCAGGUCAAAAGUAUAUAAGUUACUGCAGGUUUACUUUGAGUCUCUCAGAUGUGAGGAACCUUGUAAAAUGCUGUAAAAUGUGUAUAGUUUCUACAGAAAUGCCGCUAAAACUGCCCUCAGAAGCAAUAGUUUGAUUGUUACAGUAUAAAGGCACCAAACGGUUCUCAGCCUGUAACGGCUCUAUUUUCACAUAAAGAAUAUUCUGUGUUUUCACAAAAGGUCUAUACCGUUCCAGGUGUUCCUUCCCUCUAAGUGCAUGUAUUUUUCUUUUCUGUUUAAAUUUUUUUUCUAAAUGUCUGUGCAUGGUUAAGCCUCUAGCACUGCCACUGACAGUCACAUGAAUGCUGAUGGGAGCAGUUCAGCCUCCAGAAACUUAAUAUGAGCAGGGACCUUCCAACGCCUGCAGCCCAGCAGCACUCUGCAUGUAAACAAAGUCUCCAUCUGUUACUUAAUAAGGAAGGUACUGGCUGGGGGCUUUCUGAUGCCAAGACCAAUUGAGUAUCAAUUCUAAACACAAGCAUUCUUCGCCUGUGACGCUUCAUGCUGAAGUGAGUUUUCUAUACGGACUUGUAUAGAUUUGACAAAGAGAAAUGGAAGAGAUAUCCAUUAUGCACUGAGCUAAGAUAUGUACAUAUUGUAUGGAGUUUGCUGUUUUGUUUUCUUAAUGUGAGUAAGACUACGCUGUCUUUGACAAAAGCACCAGUGUUAAAUAUUCUGCAGCAGUCUGCUCUUUUGAAGCACUUGGACACAUAUGGGACUGGGACCAAAGCCACUCGGUAUCCUUCUUUUACUUGAUUCUUUCCAGCUGAAAAGUCACGUCCUUGCUCUACUUGAGUGAGUCUUUCUUUUGUGCGAUUAACGGUUCCUUUGCUCUUGUGACUGAGACAGAAAAACAGUACAGCGGAAAAAGAGUCCUAUUUGUUACACUGAGUAACAGAAAAAAAACGUUGUUUCACACUGAUUAGAUAACUUGUUCCUGAGGUGAAAAUCUCCUCAGCAGCACAGUCGUAUGACCUGAUAGUUCAGUGGAGUCUCGCUAUCAUCAUCAUCAUUAUAGACAUCAUGGGGUUUAGGCCACACAUUUAUGCAGCCACAUUAUUAUGACUAUAACCCCCGCUGUUAGCCCACAAAAAUCUGUUGGACAGAUUUACUGAGUGAAAUCCAUCCUCCUCUUCCUGUCCAAAGUAAAGCUUCUGAAAAGUUUGGUCAUGCGAGCAAGACUGUGUUGUGUGAACACUUAAAGUUAGAGACAUGUUUGAGGAGCCGAGGAAGAAAGUACAAUUUGUUGUUAAUCAGCUUGUUGGCAGUUUAUUUUCGCUGCCUCUCUAAAUUUGUUUGCACUGAACUAUACUUCUUUCUCAGUCCGUCUUUACUGUCUGUCUGUCUCCUGGUUUUGGGUCCCUCUAAAUCUGCCUGACCUCCCCAACCUGUGUGCUAUAAACCCCCCGAUUAUAGAUGUCGUUCACAAACAUUAGGGACCAAAAUCUCAGCUCUGCUUUAUUCCUGAGCCACUUUGUUCCAGAUCAACUACUCAAAGCUGAUUUGUUCCCCCACAUAUUCCCCACACAUGAUUACAUAGUUGCACACUCACACGGACAGAUACACGUGCACACACAGCGCAGCACAGUGCUGGCUGGCUGGAAUUUCAGGGGAGAGUAAGUGAGUAUCUGCGUGUUCAUCUCUAAUCCUUGUUUAUGGCUGCAGUUUGUGUGCUGCUGCCUUCCCCCACCACCCUCUCUCACCCUCUCUCAGCCUCUCUCUCCCUCUCUCUCUCUCUAUGUGUUACAGAGUCAGUGUGGCUCGCAUUUCAAUUAAUUUCAAUCUCUGUCCCCUGAGAAAUACAGCCGGCUGUAAAAAUGUGUAGCACAUAGUGUUCAAAGUGUGCAAACCUGUGCUUAUGUUUAGGAUAUAUUAAACCCUUUCAUGAAGGUGUUAUGUUUUGAUUUGACUGUUUACUCAUGCUUUAAAACCACUGUUCCUGAAUGCAUCUUGCUGCCAUUGAAAUAUACAAAGGCUGGUAAUUGCUCGGUUUCUUAUGGUGCUUUGGCGAACCUGCCAGUUGUUAAACCAAUAAACCACUCUGGAUUCAUCA